AUGGCUUUACCCGCCAAGCGCGAAACGAGCACCUUUACCGGGGGUCCUCCGCUGGAAUCCUUUGUCAGGAGGCAAAUUCGCCGGUUCGUUGGUGAAGAUCCCUCCUUCAUCAUGGACGGUGGAGCAACUGGCCCCAACGGCAAUGUGGGAGUCAGGAAAGUCUCCCAAGAGCCAAUGUCUAUGGUAUUCAAUCUUAGUAUCAGUGGUGCCUGGGGUGAGAUUCUCAUGGCCGAUUUGGUGUUGCCGACUGUGAUGCAUAUUGAAUAUGUGCGGCUUUACCAGAAGCCGGGACAUGAGAACAUUGCUUGUGAUCUGCCUGGUUAUCCGACGACGGAUUAUAUCAAGAAUCACCCUGUGGCGUAUAAUAAUCCGAAUUUGACUUUGGGGCUCAGCCGGAUUAUAUUGGCCGAAAAACAAGUUGACGGGUUGUUGAAGCGUAUUCCAAGUGGAAAGCAGCUCCUUAAAAAGGCUGACUUCAUGACAUAUAUUGACAUCUAG